UACUUCCAAUCCAUCACCACAAUACCAAACACAAUCUUCUCAAAACUCUCUUAUCUCUCAUUCCUUACCAAGCACUUCAAAUGGAAACCCACAAAUCCCUCUCUAGCACAACCAAGGCCAUAGCCUACCUUUUGUUCCUCACCCUCACCAUUUUAUCUGCUAACUCAACUCCAAGCCUCGAUGAAUUGCCACCAGAAUCAACCAAUGCAGUUGUCCCACCAGUCACCAAUGUAGCCCCAGUGACUACACCUAAUUCAGCUGCAACCACUACCACUGGUGCCAAUGUUGAUUCCUCCCAUACCUUAAUAUUUUUCUUGCAUGACAUACUAGGUGGGACAAAGCCCUCAGCCCAAGCCAUGACAGGAAUAGUUAACAGCCCGGCUCUCAAUGGUCAACUCCCAUUUGCAAAGCCCAAUGGGGCAGUCCUCCCAGUCAGCAAUAAUGGACCUCAAAAUAACGAUAACAACAACUUUCCAUUCCUUACUGGCCUUGGUGGCGCUACUUCGCCUGUGUUACAAAACAAUGGUGCAAACGUUCCAGUUGUUAAUGGGGGUCAACUCCCAUCAGGCUCUGACAUGCUAAAGCUCAUGUUUGGCACUAUGACAGUGUUUGAUGAUGAGCUAACUGAGGGGAAUGAGCUCAGGUCAGGAUUGCUUGGAAAGGCACAAGGGUUCUAUGUGGUGAGCUCAGAGGAUGGCACUAGUCAAACCAUGGCUUUUACUGCUAUGUUUGAGAGUGGGCAUUAUGCUGAUAGUCUUAGCUUCUUUGGGGUACAUAGGACUGGUGUGUCAGAGUCUCAAUUAGCUAUCAUGGGUGGGACUGGAAAGUAUGUUAAUGCUAAGGGAUUUGCCACAGUUAAGACCUACACGGAUCAGGCCAAUGAGCAGCAUGAAACUGAUGGGGUGGAGACGAAGUUGGAGUUCACCGUUUAUAUUUCUUACUAAUGCAUUUGUGUUUGAAAUGUCAAAAGUUUGUGGCUUUUUAACUUUGCUGUAAUUGUAAGACAGAUGCAAUCUGGGAAUGUAAGCUCCUUAAAGAGCAAUGUGUUUGAUUAUUUGUGAUUCUAGUGAAACCAAAUGAUUCCAACU